AUGUUUCAUACUCCAAACAGGAGUGCAUUUCAUAUCACUGCCCUCUUCCUGUUUUCUAAACUGGAUUGUGUACGUGCCAAAGAAACUUUCAGAGGCUUUCUCUUUCCAUUAGGAAAGAACGAAGAGCCUCAAUUUAGGAAGCAGUGCUGUAUAUGGCUAAAAGAGAUUGCAAAUGCAAAAGAAGGCUAUCUUCCAAUGGUUACACCUUCUUCACUUCUGUGUCCCGGUGGUCCUAAAUUUACUGAGCUUUUUUACCAGUUUGCAAGACAUGUAAUGAUUGAGGACCUGAAAAGGAUUUCUGUAGGCACUGAUAUACCUUUUGCUGAAGCUGAAUUUUUGGAACCUAUUGAUGAGUACUUGACAAAUGCAAGAUGUAGAAUUGCAUACAAUAAACUUCUGCAGAGUUUUCAAAAGGAAGAUUUUGUUAUUCAAGAAUAUGAGAAAAAAGCACAGCUUUUAAUUAAAGAAAUAAAACAGAUGAAGUCUGAAUAUAUGUUUCUGCAGGUACAGUCUUGCCAGAAGAAACAAAAUGACCCAUACAAAAAUGACAAAAUAGACAAAAAUGAGAAAAUUCAGAAGGUCCGCAGUAUGUGGACGCUUGUAAUGGAAACACUUACGUCUCUGAAAAAGGAAAAGGAAGUUGUGGAUUCUGUACUUAAUGUACUUAAUGGUUCUGUUGAUCAGUGCGUUUUAGAUGGAAAUAAUGUUGUAUUACGUGUUCCACGGCUGUUGACACACAGAGUUGAAAGUGACAUACAUCAACUUUGUACAGGAAAUCUAUAUGAAGCUGGAAAACUGAAUUUCUUAACAGUCAUUCACUUAUUAAAUGAAGCCUUGAGGACACUGAGAGAUGAAUAUCAUCAGUCUGAAUUUAAACCACAGCUUAAGGACACUGAGACUAUGGUUACAGUCUGCAAUGCAUUAUUACAGAAGUUGAAAGCAAAGAGCCUAGCAAUAGAGGAACAGCAGCAAGUGUCAAGGAGUCAAUCUUCCAGAAGAGAAGAGGACUGGCAAGUGAAGUGGAGAAACUUCCUUGGCCUGUGUCCUUUUAGUGCACUGUUUUGUGAGGAUCCAGAACUUGAUUUAAGACCUUUGCCAGCCUGUUCUUUGAAUGUCACAGAAGAAGAUCAUGAGUAUAGUGUCUUUUCUCAACAUCUAGUAUCAGCUUCAGAUAUUUAUGACUCUGUUCAUGAAGUGUGCGAUGAGAAAGAUGACAGAGCAUUGGAAAAUGUGAUGGAUAAAUCAAUGUCACCACCAAGAUGCCUCACCUUUCCCCUCGCCUCGCAUUGCUCCCCAAGGAUUUCUUCAGUGCCUUUGGAAUUGCCAGAAGCAUCUGAAAACAGAGAUGUGUUCAUUGAAAAGAACUUGCAUACUGAAACCUGCAAAGGGAAAGAAAAUCUUUCACCUCCAAAGAUCUUAAAUGGAAAGGCUGAGUCUGCCAUUUCAGAAAUGCAGACAAAUGCAAGUGAAGAUGGUGUCCAGGUGGAGUCUCCUGUCAGAAAAGAAGACCCUCUUGAAAAAGCCAGAGAUGAACUGGCAGGAGAGAUUGCAAGAACAGUGAUGUCUGAAUCACCUCAGAGUGCUGAAGGAAAAGGAUUGUCAUUAGAAGAUCUGAUUAAGUUACUUUCCUUUGACCCAUUUUUGACACGGAAACAAAUUCCCCGAACUCCAGAAAAUCUGCUUACUGAAAUCAGAAGCUCAUGGAGAAAAGCCAUUCAAACUGGUGGCUCGUCAGACACAGAGCUGGACGCACCUGAGGUAUCACAGCUAGAAGUAUCCCAACUAGAAGAAUCUUCGGCGAAUGCUACACUUGCAAUGCAGAGGGUGUCAGAUUUGAAUUUCACGUGCUCUAUCCCUGCAUCUCCUGUACCUGACUUUGAUCCUCCCUUGUCAGAAAGGAAGUCCCAGUUAAGUUCUACGAAAUUUAGACCUGAAGAGCAGAUGAUGAUAAGUAAUGCCACUGACUCUGCGAUUUUGGAAACAUCUGAAGUGCGAGAGAGUGAGAGCACUGAAGCACAGGAAUUAGAAAGUGGUUUUUUGAAUGAAAGUUCUGUAGAAGAUCCGGAAGAACAGACUUUUCAAUAUGCAAAGAGCCUGAAUGCUACAGAUAUUUGUUCAGAAAACAAUAGUGAAACAAUUGGUCUGCCCUCAUACUUAUCUCAGUGUUCCUCAGUAAAUGGGUUGCUGCACUGGAAUGUCCCUCCGUUGUUAAGUUCUCUCAGCCAUGAAGCAGGCAGCUUGGGGAUAUUGGAUGAGACACUUCCAGAAAUAUUUGAUAACAUAGGUCCUAAUAUAUCUACAAAUUCAGAGACUGAUUUUGGUGAACUGGAGGACACAUAUGUACCAGAGGGUUCAAAAAAUGAGGGAGAUAUUCAAAAAUCACAGCUAGAUCUCCAGUCCCUGUUAACCACAGAUGAAGAGCUGAAAGAGUCUGUAUCUGGAAGUGAAGAGGAGCUGCACCAAACACAUAGUAAAAGUGUAUCUAUAAGUUGUAGGUCAGACCCAAGUCUUCAGCAAAGAGAUGAGUUGUGUAGUCCUGUAGAAAUCUUCUCCCUGGAUGCAGAAUUUACCAAGACACCAUCACCAACAUCUCAUAAUGAAAAAAAAUAUUCCCUUUCAUCUUUGCUGGUAAACUGUCAACGUCUGGAGGAAAUGACAUCAGUGAUAGAAGACAUCCCAUUAGACUUAAUGUGUAGAUUGAAGGAUAAAGAGCAGCUGAAUGAGGAGCCAGGCAUGAAGGAACCUUCAUCAGGAUAG